UGUGAGAGAGGGAUAGAGACAGGGCCCAGGAGAGAGAAAAAUAAAGGGAUAGAGAGAGAGGGAUAGUGAGAAGGCACGGGGGGAGGGAGGGAGAUAGAGACAGGGCCUGGAGAGAGAGAGAGAGAAGGAUAGAGAGGGGACCCGGGGAGAGGGAGAGAGAGAGACAGCGAGGCCCAGAGAGAGAGAGAGGGACCGGGAGGAGAGGGAGAGCUGGGGACCAUCGGGGGCAGCAGCCCGGGGCCGGGUCAGGGUCAGGGGGCCUGAAGCAUCCAGAGCCGCGUCUCUCUGUGUCUGUGUGUGUGGGUGCAGUGACAGGCUGCAGAGUCUAAAAUGAGCAUAUUUGGAACAAGUGGAGGGUUUGGAACUGGGAGCAUGUUUGGAGGGACAACAACUGACAACCACAAUCCUAUGAAGGAUAUUGAAGUGGUGUCUCCUCCUGAUGACAGCAUCAGCUGCCUGGAGUUUAGCCCUCCAACGUUACCAGGAAACUUUCUCAUUGCUGGAUCCUGGGCCAACGAUGUACGUUGCUGGGAGAUUCAGGACAGUGGACAGACCGUUCCAAAGGCCCAGCAGAUGCACACAGGUCCAGUGUUGGAUGUCUGUUGGAGUGAUGAUGGGAGCAAAGUGAUCACAGCAUCAUGUGAUAAAACUGCAAAGAUGUGGGAUCUCAACAGCAACCAGGCAAUACAGAUUGCACAACACGAUGCUCCCAUUAAAACCGUCCACUGGAUCAAAGCACCUAACUACAGUUGUGUAAUGACUGGAAGCUGGGAUAAGACGUUGAAGUUCUGGGACACGCGUUCUCCAAAUCCCAUGCUGACAUUGCAGCUGCCAGAGAGAUGUUACUGUGCUGAUGUGUUGUAUCCAAUGGCUGUGGUCGCCACUGCAGAGAGAGGCCUGAUAGUUUAUCAGCUCGAGAACCAGCCGUCAGAAUUCAAGAGGAUAGACUCUCCUCUCAAGCAUCAGCACCGCUGUGUUGCCAUCUUCAAAGAUAAACAGAACAAGCCGACAGGAUUUGCUCUUGGAAGUAUUGAGGGGCGAGUGGCCAUUCAUUAUAUAAACCCUCCCAACCCUGCAAAAGACAACUUCACUUUCAAAUGCCACCGAUCUAAUGGAACAACCAAUACAUCUGGGCCUCAGGAUAUUUAUGCUGUGAAUGGAAUUGCAUUCCAUCCUCUCCAUGGCACCCUGGCCACUGUAGGAUCUGACGGCAGGUUCAGUUUUUGGGACAAAGAUGCUCGCACUAAGCUGAAAACCUCAGAACAGCUUGACCAGCAAAUAGCUGCCUGCUGCUUCAAUAAUAAUGGAAACAUUUUUGCCUAUUCAUCAAGUUAUGACUGGUCAAAGGGUCAUGAAUAUUUCAAUCCACAGAAGAAGAAUUACAUCUUCCUGCGCAAUGCUGCGGAGGAGCUGAAACCCAGGAACAAGAAAGGGAUUUGAACAUGCGAUUUUGGUGAUUUUCAAAACCACUUCAGCGACAGAGCCAUCAGAGAAAGACAUUUUAACUUGUGGAGCCAUAGCUACAGCUGCUGCCUUGAUCUGUGUUGCUCUUGCUGUUUCCUUGGAACACACAGCAUGCCUUGUUUCGUAUAUUUUCCCAUAAUAAAAUUUUCACUUAA